UUUUUAAAAAAGAUUUAUUUAUUAUAUAUAAGUACACUGUAGCUGUCUUCAGAUACACCAGAAGAGGGCAUCAGAUCUCUUUACAGAUGGUUGUGAGCCACCAUGUGGUUGCUGGGAAUUGAACUCAUGACCUCUGGAAGAGCAGUCGGGUGCUCUUAACCGCUGAGCCAUCUCUCCAGCCCAUCUGUGUAGCUUUUUACCUAUCAAAACAAAACAAAACAAAACAAAAAACAAAAAUGUUGAGCUACAGGCUGAUGCUUCGGCCUGCCUGGGAAGUAAAAAACCUAAAGUGUUAGUUAAAAUACCAGUUAUCUCUGAAAACAAUCAUUAAUGCCAUGAUAAUAGUAAACUUUAGCAAGCAAUUUAUCAAACCAGGCUAAAUAGUAUUAGUAUUUGGAAAGAAGAUCUAGUUUAAGUUUGGAAACUCUAGGAAGAGUCCCCUAAACUGGCUACUGCAUGCUAGGAGAGGAAGCAUUUUUAAAACUCUGAGGUAAAUUAAAAGCAAGCUUUCAUUAUAAACUACUGGUAUGCCAACUACACAUCUAUUUUACCUGCUUAUUAGGUCUUCUCCCAAUGAUGUUUUAGGAAAUAACCAGUUAACUUUUGUAAGUGAAAUAAAUUAACACAGUUUUAAUUAGGAAUUAUCUCAUUCACUUUCUGUACAGUGGUUACUGAACUUCAGGUACUGCUCUAAAUCCUGACCAGCAGGUGUUCUAGUCUUUCCUUUUGUUGUUGCGAUAAGACACUUGGACCGAAAGCAAUUCAGGGGAGGAAUGAGUUUUUAUUUAGCCUAAGGUCACAACGCAUCAUUGAGGGAAGUCAGGCAGGAAUCCAGACAAGACACGGAAAUACUGCUUCUGGUUAGCUUCUAGUUUGCUCUACCUCAUACUUAGCUCGCCUUCCUAUGCAGUUCAGGACCUAGGCAGUGGCACCACCCACAGUGGGCUGGGCUCUCCUACAUCAAUCAAGACAAUUUCAUGAGGGCAUUUACUCAAUGGAGGCAUUUUCCAGAUUACAGACUGUCGAGUUGACAGUUAAUGUUAACUAGGACAGGAAGGUUGAGAAGACUGGGACAGAAAAUAAGCCAGGAACAAAAUAACUGAAGAGGGCAUAUAGCUAAAUAUGUAGAAAUAAACAGUAAUGUAUAGAAAGUGAAAGGGUAGGGAGGUAAGGAAAUACAGCAUCAUUAUCUCUGACGUAAUGAUUGGGCUGAGCUCCAAGUGAUAAGAUAGACAUUCCUGGGGAAGUCACAAACAUGACAUCCAAGUUAUGAACACCUGACCUAUAACCUGCCAGCAUAUCGAAAGAGAAAUCACUCCUCUCUCUCUCUCUCUCUCUCUCUCUCUCUCUCUCUCUCUCUCUCUCUCACACACACACACACACACACACACACACACACACACACACAAACACACACAAACAGGCACCAAAAGCCAGACCUAACAUUUGAGGGACCCAGAGCAAGAGUAAAGCAGAGGCCAGCAUACUAAAUAUCUAAACAUUAUACAUUUCAAGGUAACAAACUGUUUAAGAAAUAUAUUACAUGUAUUCCAUCCUAUCUUAAUAACAUUGUCUUCACCAGAGUAUGGUGGUCUGAGAAAAGCUAGCCUCUAACCUUGUCCUCUUUCAAAGUACACCACAAGGAGCUUUACCCAUCCCCAUAUUCGAGUACCCCAAACUGUUCAUCCAAGCUCGUUCAUACAUUCUUCUUCAACCACUUAUCAACCUAAGCCAAACUCCACUUUCAAGUGUAAGCCAGUCAGCAGUUAAGCUAUUCUGUGACAACAAAUUCUCCUAGUCACUAGGACCUACUGUCCGUGGUAGAUUGUUAUUCUCGUCCCUGUUUCAAUACCCACCGUUUCCCUUCUCAUAAGGACCUGACCUCUGUGGUCACAAACAGUGUGAAGAGAAUAGACUCUUUGGAGACUGGCUACAGGGGGAAAGUUUUUUUUGUUUAUUUUGUUUUGUUUUGUUUACUGGAAGGAACAAAGGCUAUUUAAACCUUUGGGGUGUAAGUAGGAGCUAUGGGGUGAGUGUACAUUGUGGUCAGGGCCAGGGAGCAGGAGAUGCCUCAUUUGCAUAAGGAGAAGGUGCUGCUGCACAUGACCUUAUAAGGGAAGAGGAAAUUUAACCUGGCUUCUGGGUUUUGUGAUCUCCUCUGGUGAGCUAAAGGUCCGGGCACAGGGCUAUGUGCUCAGAGGUAUGGAGGCCGGGGCCAACCUCAAGACAAGAUUUCUGGGGUCUGGACAUGCCUUGACCCCGCUCUUGUUCCAGGCCUGCUCCCUACAGCCCCCCAGCCCCCCAGUGGAUAACUGUUUCCUCUAUUGUUUCACCCCAAGGAAGGAAAAUAAUAAACUAAUGGUUAUUUCAGGGUUGAUUGAAUCUAUAGCCACUCAUCUAAAUUUUUUCAUAAUCCAUUAAGGUUAGUAUUAGGGAGACAUAUUAAAGUUGAGAGUUUAAUUUAUUCAAGAGAGUGUGGCAGAGAUUGGAAUAAGAGAUUAUAACAGAAUCCUAAAACCUAUGCUUUUAAGAGAAGAGACAUGCAUCUUAACACAAUUAGCACAUUUUUUGUAACAUAGGCAAACUAAAACUGUCCCAGAGAAAGUCAAAUUACUAGAAAACCAGAGUAGCUUUUGCCUAACAAUAUCCUAACUCCAGAUUUAAUCACAUGAUGUUCAUCUCAGUAAUAUUCAUAACUAGAAAAAAACAGCAGAUAAAUGAAUAAUGACCUAUCAAUAUGCCUUGUCAAUUCCCAGAUUCUCACUUCCAAAGGCCUACUUUUCCUUGUCUCAAAAUCAUAAACCAGGUCAGAGUCUCACCAGAAACUUCAUUACCUGUGAAACAGCAGAUUCAAAUAUCUUAACCCCAAGUCCCAACCCAUAUCCUCCCAGCCAACACAGAAAGUUUGAUCCCAGGAGUUCAUUGGCCUCAUGGUGAAUUAACACUCUGAUAGUCAAGCUUGGGCAUUUAUAUUACAUCUUUUGGUAGAUACAGAUGCCUAACAGGUCCAAAACUCAGUAAAAUUUAAUAUUUAGAAUACAUGAGAAAUCAGUCGUAACAGUGAUACUGAAGGCCAAGACCCAGGAUAAACGUGCCUAGAAAAUGUGUGCAAAAAGAAGAAACUAUUCUUUGUCAUCCGUUUAACAAGUUGUCGUUGUUAACUUAUGAAAUGAGAAUGGUAACUCACAAUGGCUUCCUGUCAAAUACAAUGAUCUACUUACAACCCCAAGCAUGUCCAAUUUACUUUUACUUGCAUUAUUUUAAGUUGUUCUAUAAGAAAACUCCCCUAUAGCACAAUUGGGAUCCCUACUCUCUCUUUACUUUCAGUCACUGUUAGUAAACUCAGGACUUCACAUUCUCAAGAACACAUUCGUUGUCACUAAAUGUAACUCCAAUGGUUCCACUGGCUUCAAGUCAAAUCAACUAAAACUCAACGCCUCUCUUAAAUUAAAAAUUGUGUUGGUCAUACUUCUCUUAAAUUAAAAAUUAUGCUGGUCAUACAAUAUGGAUAGUACUUGGAGUUCUCUGACCUAACUUGUGACACUUAAACUUGAAUCGCUAAGCUACUGAUGAAUACUUUAUGAACAUACAGCACUAGCAUUAAAAGAGAGAAAGGAAAAAUUAUGGGAACAUAAAAAGAGAAAGGAGUUGAAAGCCAUCGCCAGGUUAAAAUAAAUAAUUCCAGUACAACUAAUACUUGCUACGAAGAUUGCCAACGCAAAGGCAACAUUCCUUCAUAUAGAGAAAUCUUCGGUUAAACUAGCAGUGAUUCUUUACUUAGGGUUCAAGCCUCUAUGCCCUUCCUCGCUUCCUAGCUGUUAGACUAUUAACUUUGUUUCCAAUUAAGUUAUCUUAACUCAAACAAACCCUGGAAAGUGGGGUUUUACAAUAUCCAUCGCAAUCUUGUUGGAUAGUCUUCAGAACCACCUGUGAUCUUUAAAACUCCCCAGCAACUCCUCAAAGACAUCAGUCCUUCAAAGACAAUGCCUUCAAAGGUCACCAAAAUGCUGUACAUAAAUACGGUAAGGACAAUUAAGUGUGACUCUUCUUUCAGUUUUGCUCCAUACUGGCUCCUCCAUCCAGUUUUGCAUGCAGUUUAAGUUUCUCAAAACAAACUCUUGGGGCCGUUGUGGAUGACAGUCGCGGGAACCUGACAAAGCGAGGCAAUUUGAAUUGCUCUAUGAAGUGUGUAAGAUGCUACACCACAAUGUUAACUUCUAUCAGUGAGGGCUCACACUUCACGGUGUUACUCCGGGUGGCGAGCACUAACUACUUAUUAUUUCGAAUCCCUCACAAGCUCAGGAAUUCGCUUGAAGCAGCAGACACAAUGCGCGGAAACAUUUUUGCAAAGCUUAAAACUACAACAGCUCACGGGUGAAACUGAACAUGAGUAUGCGCCCAAAGAACACAACCCAAACCCUACCCGGCCUGUCUGCAGACCGCUCAGAACAGAGGAGGGGAACGCAUGACAUGGCUCAAAAGAAAUAGGCAAAAAGCUACAGGUUUUAUCUUUCCCGCUGGAUCUUGCGGGUCCAACCGAACCGCCUUCGGUCUAGUUCCGCGCCAGUUCCGAUCGCGCAUUUUCAUUACGUCACGGCGCCAGGUAUCGCGGUAUCGUCCUGCAGCUGAUGCCUUUUCACAAAAGUCUCGCGAAGCCAGUUCCUCGGCCCCACGGCUCCACUCUCGCCCUCUUCCACUCCACCCCUAACCUGGCUUUUCUCUCUCUUUCCAAGUCACAAAAUUCCCCGCUCCGCUCCCUUAAGCGGGCCUCCUCCCUCCCAGUUCCGAGUUCAAACCGGAACUGGAAGUGUGGUGGGCGGGGCCCGGCGACGGAAAGCGCUGAGGAGCCGAAGCCGGGACUCGGCGGUGGCCCGGGUCGGUCCCGCGCCACGGAGCGCCGGGCGGCUGGGCUGCUGGGCUCCGGGCUGAAGGGCGGUGUGCGGGCCGGUGGGCGGGCGCGGCCCCCCGGGCGCCGCGGGAGAUCAUGUCGACAGCAUCCGCCGCCUCGUCCUCCUCCUCGUCUUCUGCCAGUGAGAUGAUCGAAGCGCCAUCGCAGGUCCUUAACUUCGAAGAGAUCGACUACAAGGAGAUCGAGGUGGAAGAGGUUGUUGGGAGAGGAGCUUUUGGAGUGGUUUGCAAAGCUAAGUGGAGAGCAAAAGAUGUUGCAAUUAAACAGAUUGAAAGUGAAUCUGAGAGGAAGGCUUUCAUCGUGGAGCUCCGGCAGUUGUCCCGUGUGAACCAUCCUAAUAUUGUAAAGUUGUAUGGAGCCUGCUUGAAUCCAGUCUGUCUUGUGAUGGAGUAUGCUGAAGGAGGCUCGUUGUAUAAUGUGCUGCACGGUGCUGAACCAUUGCCUUAUUACACUGCUGCUCAUGCCAUGAGCUGGUGUCUACAGUGUUCCCAAGGAGUGGCCUACCUGCACAGCAUGCAGCCCAAAGCUCUCAUUCAUAGGGACCUCAAGCCUCCAAACUUGCUGCUGGUUGCAGGAGGGACAGUUCUAAAAAUCUGCGAUUUUGGUACAGCUUGUGACAUCCAGACACACAUGACCAAUAAUAAAGGGAGUGCUGCUUGGAUGGCACCCGAAGUGUUCGAAGGUAGCAAUUACAGUGAAAAGUGUGAUGUCUUCAGCUGGGGUAUUAUCCUUUGGGAGGUGAUAACACGCCGGAAACCCUUUGAUGAGAUCGGUGGCCCAGCUUUCAGAAUCAUGUGGGCUGUUCAUAAUGGUACUCGACCACCACUGAUCAAAAACUUGCCUAAGCCCAUUGAGAGCUUGAUGACCCGCUGUUGGUCUAAGGACCCUUCUCAGCGCCCUUCAAUGGAGGAAAUUGUGAAAAUAAUGACUCACUUGAUGCGGUACUUUCCAGGAGCUGAUGAGCCGUUACAGUACCCCUGUCAGUACUCUGAUGAAGGGCAGAGCAACUCAGCCACCAGCACAGGCUCAUUUAUGGACAUCGCUUCUACAAAUACCAGUAAUAAAAGUGACACAAAUAUGGAACAAGUCCCUGCCACAAACGACACUAUUAAACGCUUGGAGUCAAAACUGUUGAAAAACCAGGCAAAGCAACAGAGUGACUCUGGACGCCUGAGUUUGGGAGCCUCUCGAGGGAGCAGUGUGGAGAGCUUGCCCCCGACUUCUGAGGGCAAGAGGAUGAGUGCUGACAUGUCUGAAAUAGAAGCGAGGAUCGUGGCGACUACAGGCAACGGGCAACCAAGGCGUAGAUCCAUCCAAGACUUGACUGUUACUGGGACAGAACCUGGUCAGGUGAGCAGCAGGUCAUCCAGCCCUAGUGUCAGAAUGAUCACUACCUCAGGACCAACCUCAGAGAAGCCAGCUCGCAGUCUUCCUUGGACCCCUGAUGAUUCCACAGAUACCAAUGGCUCGGAUAACUCCAUCCCAAUGGCGUAUCUUACACUGGAUCACCAGCUGCAGCCUCUAGCACCAUGCCCAAACUCCAAAGAAUCCAUGGCAGUGUUCGAACAGCAUUGUAAAAUGGCACAGGAAUAUAUGAAAGUUCAAACCGAAAUCGCAUUGUUACUACAGAGGAAGCAAGAACUAGUUGCAGAAUUGGACCAGGAUGAAAAGGACCAGCAAAAUACAUCUCGCCUGGUACAGGAACAUAAAAAGCUUUUAGACGAAAACAAAAGCCUUUCUACUUAUUACCAGCAAUGCAAAAAACAACUAGAGGUCAUCAGAAGCCAGCAGCAGAAACGACAAGGCACUUCAUGAUUCUCUGGGACCGUUAAAUUUUAAAAUAGGCAAAGACCUUUUUUAAGAAAAGACAAACCAUUAUAACAGUUGAUGAGUGUUAGCUUUUUGGCGUGUUCUGAAUGCCAAAUGCCUCUUUGCUGCAUUCGUUAUGUCAGUUAUUUCUUCUUAGGGUGGAUAUCAAAUCCACUGUCUCGCUGCAUCAGAUGAUAGCACCCGCGGCUUGGGAAGGCAGGCAUUCUCAGCUUCAGAGCACAGGAAGUGAACGUAGCUGUACGUGCGUGCUCCGGUGUGCGCUGCCUGACAGGUGGGCAUCACCGGCUACUGUGUGCAGGCAUCGACCUUUCUCUGUAAUACAAAGUGGGACCUCAAGGAUUCUCUUCAUAGCACUCAUCUCAAAAAACCUGCUAUUUUUAUCCCAAUGGAUGGCAUGCACCAACGUAAAGACAGGGUAUUAAAAUAAUUGGUGGUACAUUACGGAGGGACAGGACCUUGAGGCUAACUAAGUCCAAAGACAGGGUUUUGUGCCGACACAUCCUGGAUCAAUACUAAGUGUAGUCCCACCUGUUAAUAUUAAAGGUAAGUGGUGGCAGCUGUGUCUAAUGAGAGCAAGUUUACUGAUUUUCAUAAGGUUGAGCAUCGUCUGAGAUACUGAGUAACAUGCUCUUUUUUUACGCCCUAAGAAUUUUCAAUUCUGUGUGAAAGCAGGAGCUUUUCUGACUUUUAAUAUUAGUAGAAAUGAAAUUGAAAGAUCAUGAUGUAGCUUCAGUGAUCCUUCGUGCAACAGUUACUGAAUUGUUUUAUGAUAUAUUUGAAGAAAAUUGAAAAAUAAUAAUAAUUGGCCCAGCUAAAAAAGGCUUGAGCUUAGAUGUCUGUGUAUUAUACCAAACAAGGAACAAUGCAGGCAGGUCAGCAGAGGCGAAUGAGGAAGAUAAUGGAGUAGAAUCAAGCGCACUUUUCGUAGAUGUUUAGAGGGUUUGGCUCCCCUGAAGCCAUUUCUGGGACUCCUGCUGCCUCCCUUGCUUCUGAGAGACUGAGCACUUACACAGAGAGUAGUCACAUUGUUAACAGUGAGUUUACUACCAACCGUCAAAGUAACUUAAAGGAAACAAUAAAACACCAUCGAAAACUCCCUAAGAUCUAUUUUUUCAGUCCAUGUUGACACAUUUUGAUACCAGUACAUAAAUGCCUUUUAAAUCGGACUCCAUCAGCUUCGCUUUUAUAGUGUUGGUGUUUGUGAAGAGGACGUUUGGAACUGAAAGCGUGGUUGCUAUGGUCCUUAGAUGUGAUCUAGCAUGUCCUGCUCUGCUCCAGAUGAGCACAGGAAGCUUUCGAAGGUUCUUCAAGGCUAAAACAGAUAACCUUUUUUCCAUUGACUUUUUCCCCUGUGAGUUUUGUAAUGAAUCCCUUCUGUAUGCAGUAAGAUUAUGUUCCCAAAUUCUAUUAGGUGACAUGAAUGUUGAGCUCAGCGUUAGUAGUGAAAUAAAACUGGCACAGAAGAUAUAGCUGUAGACUGAGACGGCGACCACAGCGCCCUGCCGCCGCUGCCUGUGCGCACAGCUGUCCCUCGGCAGAAGGGCGCUGGUCUCUGAGUGCAGCAUGUUGAAAGCCUCUUGACUUUCCAGGAUUCCACAUCACAUGGAUGCAAGAUCCUCCUGCAGCUAAAAGGAAGUUUUGUUGUCGUCGUCAUGUGCAGUCACUUGGUGAAAAUGCUCACAGGCAAAUGGAAGGAAAUGUCAAAAGGUCGUUAGCAGGUAGUUGCUUGUGUAUGCUCGAUACUGUAGUCCUGGACAGCCUUAAGUGCAUUGCAACACCCACAUGUACCUUUAAAGCUCCAGCUCUCCCUGAAGGUGAGCACACCAGCCAUACUUGAAAUCCAUACCGUUUCCUCAGUGUCUCUACCUAUAACACCUUCAAAUAGCCAACAUGCCAGGAGCCAGAUGUCCACUGACUGGUCUACAAUGUCUACAAUGGAGGUAGAAAGUUGAUGUCCAAGAGCCAGACAGUCCCUGCACAGACAUCAGUGGCAUUUUGUUUUCGCUUCUACAGAAGGAAGCAAGGCUGUGUAAGGUGGACGGAAGUCGUCCUCAGCAAUGAAGCCGUGCUCUGGGUUGAAGAAAAGUCAGUUAAAAACGUUACUUUACAGUCGCCUGCCAUACUGAAAACAUCUGCUUAAAGUUAGUACAACUGGUCGACUGUUUUCACUGAAGUAUUUUUUAAGUAGUGUUAAGUAGUCUUUUUCCUUCAAAUUUCUGUCAUGCUCAAUUCCACCUCCUCCUGCAGUCAGAAGUUACAGGUGGUUUUGUUUCUUCCUCCCUCCCUCCCUCUGGUGAGUGUGUGUGUGUGUGUGUGUGUGUGUGUGUGUGUGUGUGUGUGUGUGUGGUGUGUGUGUGAGUGAGUGUGUGUAUGUGGCCUUUAACACCCAACUCCUCUCAUCACAAGCUAGUAAGUUCUCCUUUUACUCCUGUCAUUCAAGCAUUGUUUGUAAGAUGAUGUGAUACAGAAAUUCUUGUGCAUACUAUGUAACUGAAGGAGGCUUUUUUGAUUUAUUUUUGUUUUUAAUAAAAUUGAGAUUGUUAUUUCA